AUUGCACUUCUUCCUUCUUUUUUUUUAUUUGUACAUCAUCCCUCUUUGUAGUACUUUGCAUGUUUGGAAGAUGGAUGCAAAACAGGGAGUAUCCAAAGUUAUUCAUUGCCUUGUGUUGAAUGGGGUCUUGUGUUGCCAGUCAAAUGUGCAGUUUGAUAUUCUGGAACGGUUAUUUUGUGUCUCGUACUGAGAGAUCCUUUCCUUCUGUGUAGAGAAGCUGGUCACAGGAUGCAUCUGUAGAUUGGUCUCUACAGGAAUCAAACAUGGGAAAGAUAUCUCUCCAGGAUAAAGUCCUUAUCUUACUUUCUUGGGCUCUGGUGUUGAUGUGCAGCGCUGCAGAGCAAGACUACUUCCUUUGUCCGGAUCCUGUCACCUGGCAUGAGGCCAGGACACUAUGUCAGGCCUGUUUCAAAGAGCUGGUGACACUGACUCCACAAAACAUCCCAAAACUCACCCAGAACCUCACCUCUGACUACUGGAUCGGCCUCCGCAAGAACCUCUCCUGCACCAGCAACGGCAGUAUGUCCUGGUCCCGCUGGGCCAACGGGGAUCCCCUCAUCUUCCAGAACUGGUACCCUGGUUCACCUAGGUUUAAAUCCUCCCCAAAAUCAUACUGCUGCAGCUGCAGCUGCUCCUGCAACAGCCCAGCAAUGACUACCCUAGGAAAGACAAGCUUCACCACAUUCACAAACUUUACAACCUCUGAUGUGACAAACACGACUGACAUGAGCAGUUUCACCGACAUGAGCAGUUUCACCGACAUCACAAACCAAACUGCGACAGACUUUAAUCUCUGGAACGCUACCACCCAAAACACUCCACCCACUGCAACGCCCAGGAUGCCGGUAAAAGAAGAAUGUGUGCCAUCACCUACACUGACCCCGCUUGUCCCCGAGACUGACGUAAACUACAUUGAAGACUCUUGUGUGGCCAUGCUGAGCUUUGGGGCUUGGGUUGAAAAGAACUGUUCGGAGCUUCUGCCUUACAUAUGUUAUGAUGAUCUUUUCUUGAGCCAAAUCAACGUGACCAACAAGACGUCUGAGAGCGCCUUUUUAACAUGGCUACCCGGGCCUGGUAACAUCAGCCAUUACUUGCUAAAAGUGAACGGAAGCCUGACGAAAUUGCCGGCUGAAAAUUUGACCCAUGACCUUGUCAACCUGACAGCAGGCACCGGCUACUCGGUCCAGGUGAUCCCGGUUAAAUGUGACAGACGCCUCAACCCGCAGAUGGUCACCUUCUACACCAAACCCAACAAAGUGGGAAAUCUCUCAGUCACCAACGUGACAGAAACCUCUGUCUUCCUGACGUGGAACAAACCAGUUGGAAACCAUGGUUUCUAUCUUAUUGAGGUCCAGGGUGGUAAGAAGAUCACAAGUGACACAGAGAGCAAAGAAGUCGACAGUUUGAUACCUGGAAGCCUUUACACAUUCACCGUCCAUUCAGUAGUCAAUGACACAUGGAGUGAAGGAUACAACAUCAGUACAUACACCAAGCCCGGGAGAGUGUUGCAGCUGAGGGUGUCUGAUAAUACCCAAAACUCACUGCUGCUUAGAUGGAGUCCACCUGAGGGAAACUUCACGGGUUUCUUGGUGAAUGUUACGUAUGACAAUAUUACAGAGUCUAAAGUGGUGAACCAAACUGAAAUGUAUGUAACACGGCUGCCAAUUGGCACCCAAAUAACCCUCCGUGUGACAGCACAGACCAAUGGCACUCUGAAUGGAAAAGAAGUGACCAUCGUCUCCUACACUGCUCCUGGACCUGUUUCAGGCCUCAAUUUGGUUUCAAGUCAUAGCUCCCUCACUGCCACCUGGACAUCAACUGGUGGUAAUUCUUUCAUCAUCAAGCUCUACUUGGAUGGCCAAGAAGUAGACACAGGCAACAUAACAACACUUAUGAAGUGCUUUGUUGGACUGAAGACUGCAGCCAAUUACACAGUGAUCGUCUCCGCCUUUAGCGGAAAUCUCAGUAGCAUGCCAGUGACCAGCUCCUGUUUCACUAAGCCAUUGCCACCUACUAAUGCCAGAGCCAUUGACUCUAAUACAAAUCAAAUCACCAUACAGUGGGACGCCCCUGAAAACGUAUCAACAACAGCAAUGUACUCUGUGACAAUCAACUCCAGCUUCUGGGACAUCAACCGUUCUAGCACCACUAACGACAUCCGCUACAAGUUUGUUGGCUUGAAAUCAGGGACCAGGUACGACUUUGAAGUACAAACAAUGGCUGGUACAGAGAAAAGUAUUGCAGCACGUGUGUCAAAUUGGACAGUUGCAGAGAUCAGGGAAAUCGGCCUGUCUAUGUUGUGCACUUCGACUGAACCUCUCCUCUGUGCUAAUAGCACCAUAAGGGACAAUGUGUUUGAGCAGUUGCGUUCAAAUUUCAACAAUCUGUUGGGGGACAGUGUUAUCUGGAAUCUCACGAAGCAUAAAACCUAAAACAAAGGAACACAAGAAUGAUAAUGUUGCUUUUUUUUUUUCCAAUAUGUAUUGGUGAAGGUAUUUUAGUGUUUUCUGUCUUGGGUUUACUGUUUUGCUCUAUACUUCUGCUCAGGAAAUCAAUAUUAAGUCACAGUGAAAAGAAGAAUUAAGUAAUGUUGUCUUUUGUGAUUUAGAAUCUAGUUACAAGUUGACUGCUCUGAUUCUAUUUUAUAUUUUUAAUUCAAAACAAUGCCACAGCAUAAAAACUAUAAUAACACUGAAAUCUAUUUCCUACUUUUGCUGCUUUUUUUGUAACACCUGGACUGCUUUUUAUUUGUUUUAUAUCAUUUUAUUUCCCUUGAUGUUGUUUUGUGUGUAUGGCCCAUUUCCAACAGGAAAUAAUAUGUCUGUUGUAACUAAAUCAUGAAUAAAGAAAGGGUAAGAGAUUAGUUCUUCAGUGAACUCAUUGAACAUGUUCCAGCUGUAAAUAAAGUUUUCCAGCUGAAUACA